GUGAAGCCAACAGUGGCAGCUGCACCAGCCUGUGGUGCUUUGUUUUUUUUUAAUUUUGUGUAGUACUUAGCAAGUUGCGUUAAAUAUUUUCGAAAACCAAGUGUUUCAGAUUUGUUCCAUUGCAUCAACCGACGUCUGAAAGGAAGUAACAAACAAGAAGAGACCAUAAAAACCACAUUUUCUGCAGUACUCACGGAAAAACUCUACAGAUCUAAAGAUGAUGAAGCUGCUGUGCACGACGUUCGUGCUUGUCAGCAUGGGCGUCUUCGUCUCAGGACACUACUAUGGACAUGAUUAUGGUUUUAAUCCUUAUCAUCAUCAUUACCCUCACCAUAGAUAUCCACCGGCUCCGUGUCAUAGGCCGACUCGACCACCAACAACACAACCUACAACACCGCCAACAACACAACCUACAACACCACCAACUACACAACCUACGACACAACCAACCACAAAGCCUACUACACCACCUACCACACAACCCACUACACCACCAACUACACAACCUACCACUACUGAGUGCACCCAUGGCGGACAUGGAGGCGGUGGAUAUGGAUAUGGGCACGGACGUCCUCCAUGUGAACCAUCUACAGUGCCAUCAACUGCACCACCAACUGCACCACCUACUACACCACCAACCACACAACCGACGACCCCGGAGUGCACUUCUGGCGGAAAUGGAGGCAGUGGAUAUGGAUACGGACGUCCUCCAUGCAGAUCAUCUACUGCACCACCAACCGCUCCACCUACUACACCACCAACCACACAACCGACGACCCCGGAGUGCAUCCCCGAAGGACAAGGAGGCGGUGGAUAUGGAUAUGGGCACGGACGUCCUCCAUGUAAACCAUCUACUGCACCACCAACUGUGACUAAACCACCAACUGGAUCCCAUUGUGAAUGUGUGCCCUAUUACAACUGUCUCAGCAACAAUACCAUUAAUAAGCACGGAGUCAGCAUUAUUGAUAUUAGAUUCGACCAACCUAACCCGUGCGAAGACAUAAUGGACAUUUGCUGUAAAAUCCCCGAAAUCAGGGACAAUAAUACUUUACCUCUACCACCGAAACCACACACCCAAAGACUGUGUGGUGUCCGCAACAAUAACGGUAUUGACAUUAGAAUCACAGGAGACAUUGGAAAUGUUGCCAUGGAAGGAGAAUAUCCAUGGAUGAUUCUUAUCUCGACCAAAGAAACCGUGGAAAACAAAGUAGUUAAGAAGUACAAGUGUGGUGGUGCCCUCAUUCACCCACGCGUUGUCUUAACCGCAGCCCACUGUGUCGAUAAAUACAAUCCAUCGGAGAUCGUCGUCCGUGCAGGAGAAUGGGACACGGGUAACACCAAGGAACGCCUACCCCAUCAAGAUCGCGAUGUAAACUCCAUCAACAAGCACCCAUGGUACGACGGAAGCACCCUUGGAUACGAUUUCGCCCUCCUUAUGCUGACAGAACCGUUUGAACUCGCUGACAAUGUCGAACUUGUGUGCCUUCCAGAAAAGGACGAAGUGAGCGACAGCAAAGACUGUUACGUUACUGGAUGGGGAAAGAAUGCAUUUGGUGAGAAAGGAAAGUACUCUACCGUCUUGAAAGCAGUCAAGCUUCCUAUUGUACCAUCGCCCGAGUGUCAGAACAGGUUCAGACAGACCCGACUCUCAAGAUUCUUCGAACUUCUUCCUUCUUUCAUCUGUGCCGGCGGUGUUCCCGGCGCCGAUGCUUGCCAGGGUGAUGGAGGCAGCCCUCUCGUUUGCCCAUCGAAGAAAGACCCGAAACGAUACUACGAGGCCGGUAUUGUUGCUUGGGGUAUCGGUUGCAACGACGAUGUUCCGGGUGCCUACGCUAACGUAGCCUUGGCCCGAAAAUGGAUCGAUGAAAUUUUCUACCAGCACAAAAUGACACCAACUUAUAAACUGGAGUAGAAUGUCAAUGAACGUCAAUGACAUGCUCCUUGAAAAAAUUUCUUUUGCUGUACUCAGUACGUAAUAAAGAUACAUCAACUUAA